CCCGUCCUCCCCCAAUCCCUCUCCCGGUCCCUCCUGGUCCCUCCCCCGGUCCCUCCCCCUCCCCGGCGGCGAUGGCGGCGAUUCGCAGCGUGAAGGGUCUGGUGGCGCUGGUGACGGGCGGGGGCUCCGGGCUGGGCCGGGCCACGGUGGAGCGGCUGCUGGAGCGGGGGGCGCGCGUGGUGCUGCUGGACCUGCCCGCGUCCCCCGGGGGGCAACUGGCCAAGGACCUGGGCGACCACUGCGCCUUCGCCGCCGCGGACGUAACGUGCCCGUCCCAGGUGGGCGCGGCGCUGGGCAUGGCCCGGGAGCGGUUCGGGCGCCUGGACCUGGCCGUGAACUGCGCCGGGAUCGGCAUCGCCGUCAAGACCUAUAACAGCAAGAAGGACAAAGUGCACGACCUGGAGGAUUUCCAGAGGGUCAUCAACGUGAACCUGGUGGGCACGUUCAACGUGAUCCGGCUCAGUGCCCAGCUGAUGAGCCAGAACCAGCCCGACCCCGACGGGCACCGCGGGCUCGUGGUCAACACCGCCAGCGUGGCCGCCUUCGAGGGGCAGGUGGGGCAGGCGGCCUAUUCGGCCUCCAAGGGCGGCAUCGUGGGCAUGACCCUGCCCAUCGCGCGGGACCUGGCGCCGCUCGGCAUCCGCGUGGUCACCAUCGCGCCCGGGCUGUUCUCCACCCCGCUCCUGGCGGGGCUGCCCGAGCGGGUCCGGACCUUCCUGGGGCAGCAGGUGCCGUUCCCAUCGCGCCUCGGGGACCCCGCCGAGUUUGCCCACCUGGUGCAGGCGCUGGCCGAGAACCCCAUGAUCAACGGCGAGGUCGUGAGGCUGGACGGGGCCCUGCGGAUGCAGCCCUGAGAGCGGGACCCCCGGACCAGGGGGGGACACUGGGCUGGGGACAGAGAGCGGGGAUGGACACGGGGCUGGACACUCCAGGAUGGGGACAUGGACUGGGGACACCCCCCCGAGUGGGGACACCCCGGGAUUUGGGGGCAAACGCCUGGAAUGUGGCCAUGAGGCACCUCUGGAAGCCGGGACACUCCCCCUGCCUGGGUGUGGAGACCCUCCUGGCUGUGGGGGACCCAUCCCGAGAUCCCCGGGUGUGGGGACCCCCCCGGGGCCUCCCCUGCGCCCCCCUGUUCUUCCUCUCCCCUCCCCCAUCGCAAUAAAGUGCACUCCCCGCACGUGUCCGUGCUCUGCUC